AUGGCAACCGUCGACCUGUCCAGGCAAAGGAAACUUGGCAAGAUCGCAGAAAAAUUAGAGAAACUGGAAUUUGAGAGGGCAGAACUCGACUACAAGAUUAUCCAAACUCGAGCAGAAUAUGGAGCGCUGUACAACAAGACAUCACCCGUCUUGAACCUUCCUAUCGAAAUAAUCUGCCGCAUGUUUGAGUUGGCCCAUGACGCAUCAUUGAUUGAGGGGAUUCCGGAUAACCCUCUCAUAGAAAUCACCAUCUCACAUGUUUGUAGGCAAUGGCGUGCCAUUGCCUUGUCCUCCCGAUCCCUGUGGUCCAACUUUCGGUACAAAGCUUCUCAACUGCCAAAACGGAUUCCGAUUGACCGGCUCGUUGCAUACUUGGAGCGGUCGGGUCCUCAUCCUCUAGACCUCCGCUUUUCAUUUUCCACAUUCGCCUUGGGCGAGGCAUCAUACCCAUUGUUCAAUUCCAUGCUUGAGAAUACGAUAUCGCAUGUUCACCGUUGGAGGCGAUUCUCCCUCUUUUCCGGCGUGGAUAUUCCUAUGCAUGACUUCAGUGACAGAUUGCGAUGGUUGAAAGCUCCCAAUCUCCAAUAUCUUACGAUCCUUCCCAGCUCACCUGAUCAAGAGGGAGGCCCUGAUUCCGAUCGGCUGACCCCUUCGGUACUUUUGGGUGGUGCACCAAAGCUUUUCUAUGUUCGGGUGAAUGGAACCUCUUUUCAGAAGUAUCCCCCCCCCUUCUCUAAUGUCACAGUACUCCGACUGGAGGAGAUAGAGGCCUGGACGUUUGGGAGUUUUAGCUUAUUCCUCGAAAUCCUCGCUCUACCGUCAUUGUCCAGUCUGUCGAUUGUUGGUGAACACUUCAGCGAGCCUGAAUCGCCUCACACUUCUGAAAUCACCAUGAAUAAUCUGAAACAUCUCCGCUACGGUGAAGACUAUAGUCUUAUUAGACAUUUCCUCCCAUUCUUGGUUGCGCCACUACUCGAGACGCUGAUAAUCAAAAGGGUAACACUUCGGCUCAUCCCUAACCCUCUUCCUAAAUUUACGCGGCCAUUCUCCAAUUUGCAUUCUCUGGAACUAAUUGAGUGCUCGGAAUAUGACGCUGGCUUUAUAGAUACCCUCGUAACCCUCACGCCACACGUCACCCACCUGGCAAUUGUGGAUGAUUUAGGACCUGAAGGCAUGCUCCAAUGGUUCACUAGGCCAUUCCUUGAGAAUGGAACCAAAUCAUGGCAAAAAGUCAAGGUUCUGACGCUUGAUGUCCAUCCUAGUAUCCACCCAUACAUCGACUUUGUUCGAAUGGUUGGGAACCCGAACUUAACGAUUUUCACUGACACCGGACAUUGGGCUGUCGAUGACCUCGAAUCACUCCAUGCGAUCUGCGCGCUCCACAGUCUUCCCAACGAGCCGAAAAUAGUUUCGUGGCCACCAGGUGUCGAUGUUCCGGCAGAAGAAGAUUUCUUCACCAUAGAAUUUUAGAAGUUACCCACUGGCGAAAAAUUACUCACUGUUCUUUCUGAUGUUUUCGAUACCAUUCCUAUCCAAAUCGCAACGGACCCACUCGAAGUCGCUGAGCCGUCUGAUCUGUCGCCUCCGAUCUGGGCCUCCGCACUCUGAAAAGAGGCGCUAUA